AUGCUGCUGCUGCUGCUUCUGGCCCUGCUCUGGUGGAGGGAGGGGGCUGAGGGCAAGAGGGAGUUGGAGAAGUAUUACUGGCUGCAAGUGCAAGAGUCAGUGACGGUGCAGGAGGGUCUGUGUGUGCGGGUGCCCUGCUACUUCUCCUACCCCUGGGAUGGCUGGAAUGACUUUACCCCAGCUCACGGCUACUGGUUCCGGAAAGGGGCCAGAGUAGGCCAGGAUGCUCCUGUGGCCACAAACAACCCAUAUCGAGAAGUGCAGGAGGAGACCCGGGGCCGACUCCGUCUCCUUGGGGACCCCCGGAGAUACAACUGCUCUCUGGACAUCAGAGAUGCCAGGAGGACAGAUGACGGAAAAUAUUUUUUUCGAGUGGAGAGAGGAAGUGUGAUAUAUUCUUACACAAGUAACCAGCUCUCUGUGAAUGUGACGGUUCCCUCCCAGGAAGUGAUCAGUGGUUAUCAGCUGCAAGUGCAGGAGUCAGUGACGGUGCAGGAGGGCCUGUGUGUGUUUGUGCCCUGCUCCUUCCCCUAUCCUUGGAGUCACUGGAGCAGCUCUACCCCAGCUCGUGGCUACUGGUUCCGGGAAGGGGCCAGAGUAGGCCAGGAUGCUCCUGUGGCCACAAACAGCCCAUAUCCAGGAGUACAGAAGGAGACCCGGGGCCGAUUCCGCCUUCUUUGGGACCCCCAGAGAUACAACUGCUCCCUGGACAUCAGAAACGCCAGGAGGACAGAUGCCGGGAAAUACUUUUUUCGAGUGGAGAGAGGAAAUGUGAAACAUUCUUACACAAGUAACCAGCUCUCUGUGCAUGUGACGGCCCUGACCCACACACCCGACAUCUUCAUCCCGGAGACCCUGGAGUCUGGCCACCCCAGGAACCUGACCUGCUCUGUGCCCUGGGCCUGUGAGCAAGACACGCCCCCCAUCUUCUCCUGGAUGUCGGCGGCCCUCACCUCCCUGGGCCCCAGGACCCGCUUCUCCUCGGUGCUCACCCUCACCCCACGGCCCCAGGACCAUGGCACCAACCUCACGUGUCAGGUGAAGUUCCCCACAACUGGUCUAACUGUGGAAAGAACCAUCCAGCUCAACGUCACCUACUCUCCACAGAACUUGACCGUCACUGUCUUCCCAGGAAACAGCACAGCACCCACAGUCCUGAAGAACGGGUCAUCUCUUUCAGUCCUGGAAGGUCAGUCACUGCACCUGGUCUGUGUUGUUGAUAGCAACCCCCCAGCCACGCUGAGCUGGGCCCAUGGGAGCGAGACCCUGAGCCCCUCACAGCCCUUGAACCCCGGGGUCCUAGAGCUGCCCUGGGUGGAUUGGAGGCAUGAAGGCAAAUUUACCUGCCAAGCUCAGCACCCUCAGGGCUCCAUGCACGUCUCCCUGAGCCUCUCUCUGCAGAGUGAGUGCACCGGAAAAGCGUGGCCUUUAUCAGGAGUGGUGCUGGGGGCCGUGGGGGGAGCAGGUGCUACAGCCCUGCUCUUCCUGUCCUUCUGCGUCAUCGUCAUCAUAGUGAGGUCCCGAAGGAAGAAAGUGGCCAGGCCAGCAGAGGAUGUGGCUGACGUGGGCAUGGAGUGUGCAAACAGUGUCACGGGGUCAGUCUCUCAGGGUCCCCUGAUUGAAUCCCAGAAGGGAAGCUUCCCAGAUCACCCUCCCCCAGAUGUGGCUGCCCCCUGCUCAGGGGAGGACGAAGAGCUCCAUUAUGCAUCUUUCAGCUAUUGUGGCAUGAAGCCUCGGGACCCACAGGAACAGGAGGCCACUGGUAGUGAGUACUCAGAGAUCAAGAUCCACAAGUGAGAAACUGCAGAGACUCAGCCCUGGCUUGAGGGAUCAUGGCUCCUGUGGUUCAAA